GGAUACAGCAGCGGUUUUCCGGCUAUGUUGUCAGUAAAAUGGCAGAGGUCGGACCGAGGCUAGGGAGCGGAGUUUACCGGCUGUCCGCUCUCAGAAACACCGGAGAAAGUUCCGGAUCUCUGCUGGUGAAAUGCACCUUCAGUGACAGUCGGAUAAAACAGGAAUCAACGCGUGACGUUCAGUCAGUCAAAAGCAGAUCAACACGACGCAAAUCAGGGAAACUUUCCAGAGUGACAGCAAGUCAACAGGAAAAUGGAACUUUGUGUUGUGCUCCGUCUUUGGAGCUGGAUUCAUCCCGUUUUAUUGGGUUUGUUCAGAGUUUCCAAGCUCAUAAAGCAGCCCUGUACCUCUCAGCAAGACUGCAGCCUCUCCUCCAGGAGAAGCUGCUGCCUAGCAGGAGGACAACUUGGAGCAGAGGAGCUGUUUCCCUCAGCCCUGACACCUUCAGGUCCCCUCAGCAGCUCAGAGCCUUCUGCACUGUUAUCUUCAUUCUGGCAGAACAGGGGUCAGAGAAGCCAGGGGGUGGACUGAGGCGUCUGAAACUACACCCUGAUACCCUACAAGCAUCUACAACUACAAGAAGCUACAGCUGGAGGAGUGACAGCAACUCAAAAGAUACUCCUGUUCUGUACAGAAGCAGGACGGCCUAUUACGAUAUCCUCAAAGUGUCUCCCGUUGCCACACAGUCCCAGAUUAAGACGGCCUACUACAAGCAGUCCUUUAUCUACCACCCAGACAAGAACCCAGGGAGCAAGGAGGCCACCCAGCGCUUCUCUGAGAUCAGCGAGGCCUACACAGUGCUGGGCAACAUUAGCCUGAGGAGGAAGUACGACCGGGGUGUUCUGAGCCAGUCAGACGUUCAAAGUGCAGGGAGACCGCCCUCAAAGGAGACCACCAGCAGAUCCUCAGCCUCCCCGCAGCAGCAGCAUCAACACAGAGCCAGGCGGUUCUCCCAACCGGGAGGGAAGACCAUGUUUGAUUUUGAUGCCUUCUAUCAGGCCCACUACGGGGAGCAGCUGCAGAGGGAACAGGACAUGAGAGCCAGGAAGCAGCGCAUGCAGGAGAAACAGAAGGAGAAUCUAAGCAGGUGGAGGCAGUGGAAAAUGAUGGAGAUGACUGUGGCAAUGCUGCUGGCCAUGGCAGGCCUACUUUUUGUCAACAUCAGCAGGCCCUGAAAUAGAAGCAGCAGCCGGACACGUCCCUAUUGGGGGUCGCACGUUAGGACUCUCAGGAGGGAGGGGGGUGGGGUGCCACCUCAGACUGUUUUGCAAUUUUUGCACAGUUUCUGGCAGUUGAAGAAAAUUAUUUUGUGUGUUGCAGGAAUAAACAAAAACUGACUGUUUUUGUUAGAGGCCAUAGUAAGUAUUGCCUCAUCUAGAAAGCAGUGCUGGAUCAAAAAACUGUAAUGUCAAUUAGAAACUGGAAAUCUGCAAACCACAUUGCAGGAUUGUGGGAUUAUUGAUUCCUUCAAGGAUUCGAGCAUAUAGCUCUUUGAUGAAUCACAAGGGCACCCAGUGUGUGGGUGAUAAGAUAUCAUUCACAUUAAAUGUUUUUUUUAAAACAUUCAUAUCAUCACAGUCUUGGAAAAGUUCAUGCUUACUUGCAACCAUUGCAGGACCUGAGGACCUGAUGUGGACGUCUCAUCGCAGGUUUAGUCUUUGUACCAUCAACAACUGUUGUGAAGUUUCUGUGUAAAUCAUAAUUUAUUUACUUUAUAUAAGUAGUGGCAAGUAUGAAGCGGAAUAACCUUUUUGGCAGCUUAAACCAAAGUCUGUCAAAGUGCUGCACAAGGAUGAAGAAAAUUUCAAUGUUUCAUACUGAACAACACAAUUCCUCUGGUUCUGUAAAGUAGACUAAUUUUGAACUGUGCACUUUUAAGAUGAUCUAUUUAAAAAUGAAUGCACAUUUUUGACACCUUCCAGGUGUUUAAUUGUGUAUAUCUGUAUGUACUGUAAAAAUAAGGUGCCAGACAAGGGCAACUGUAUUAAGCAAAUAUUAAAAAAAAAGUUUGAUUCAUA